GAAAUAUUCCUGCAGAAUCCGGAUGUUCGAUGGGAUGAUAUUAUCGGGUUGAGUUCGGCCAAACGACUGGUCAAAGAAGCUGUGGUCUAUCCGAUUAAAUAUCCUCAAUUGUUUGCCGGAAUUCUAUCACCAUGGAAAGGCCUGUUGUUGUACGGUCCACCGGGCACGGGCAAAACCCUGUUGGCCAAAGCUGUGGCCACCGAGUGCAAUACGACAUUCUUCAAUAUUUCCGCCUCCACGAUUGUGAGCAAAUGGCGUGGUGAUUCAGAGAAACUAGUCCGA